AUGCUGAUGUCAGAGUACACGAAGGUGAAAGAAGCAAAGGUGGACGUGACGGACUACAUCCUGGAAGUGGUGGUGACGCGCGCGGCCAAGGCGGCGGGCCAGGAGAAAGACUGGGACCGCCUCGUGGACAUUCUUAAUCCAACGUCCUCGAACGACCACGGCCUUCCGAUCGUCGCGCUCGACGACCGGGCGGCCCUGCAGAAGAGACUCUUGCUGGAGUAUGUCUUGGGCUUCGCCAAGGUGGAGCCGGACAAGACGAAACCGACGGAAUGCACGAAGGUGGCGGACGCCAUGGCUGGCAUGGGGGCCCUGCUCUCCAAAGUGCCUGUGGCUACGGAGGUCGGGGAGAACCCUUUCAUCCUGGACGCUGCCUUCAAGGACGACCUCGAGAAGUUCACCCUGCUGCUGCGCGCCCCCGCCCUCGAGGACGGCGAGUUGUUGACGCGGGCUGAGGUGGCGCGGGACGGGCUAGUUGCGAACAAACAGGGUGCCUUCUACAAGGCGGUCACCUUGUACAGUACUGGCAUGGCCGCGCGAGUCGAGGCGGAGAAGGUUUUCGAGCGCAGGCACGCCGACAAGGCGAACAGCGUGAUCUUGCAAGAGUUGGUUGCGAAGGUCGAUGCUUUGGCAACGGCGGCCGCCAACGUCGCCAGUUUCACGGUGGUGACGAAGGUGAAUGGCCAGUCAACCCCAUCGGGCGUGAAGCUGCCGCAUCAUUCGGACAUCGCGGACGCAUACAAGAAGUUCACGGGCAUCACGUCUACUUGCUCCUCGGUUUUCACCAAGGUCUCGAAGGGCGACCUUGCCCGGGUCGAACAGUUGCUCGGCAGGUUCGUCGUUUCGGCAAGGGAAGCGUCCAAGGCCGUCAGGGAUAGCCGGGCCGCGGCGGCGGCGAAAGUCGCCACCCCGAUCUUCAACAAUGCUUUUGGCGAGGAGGGAGACGUGACCCGAGUGGAGGAGGCCAUCGGCGGCCUGACGUGCGUCCCAGCGAAGGACAUGGCUUUCCUGGCAGGCAUUGGCGGCACCGAGGCCGCCAAGGCGUACGAGGAGGACGUGGCUAAGUUCGAUGCGGCCGCAGCUGACUUGAAGGCGGGCGUCCCCUGGCUGCAGAACCUCUCCCAGAACAACGUUGACAUCUUGGACGGCAAAGGGAAGAAGUUCCUCGCCGCCUUGACGCUCCUUGCCGAGUGGCUUGCUGGGGCGACGGAGUUCAAUGCCUUCCAGCAAGCAGUGGUGGCUAAAGUUGUCGAGGGGGUGCGCGCCCGUCUCACCAGCGGCCUCUCGACGAUUUCUGGCUUCGUUACGGCGAUGUCGAAGAGUGUGGAGGACGUAGACGUCGCCUCGAUCACCACGUCGCUCGUCGACGCGGCGGUGCCGAAAGCUUUGGUGAAGGCGGCCAGCGACGAGGACGCGCAGGAUUCGGACCAGCUCGGCAAGGUGGCAGCCUUUGCAGUCCAGUGCGCCUCCUUCGCCGGCAUGUCCGCAGACAUUACGGUGGGCGACGGGGCAGUGGCAUUCCCCGUUUGCUGCGCCAGCCCCCAGCUUUACAAGGCAUGCCGCGCGGCGCGGACCUUCCACCAGGGCCUCCUGACGGCGGGCUUCUCCCAGCUAGCUCCCCUUCGGAACGCCUUGGCGGCCAUUCACGCAGCCUCAGAGGUCCUGCGCGCCGACGUCGUCCCGCAGUUCGGCGGUUUGGCGGCGCACGUCGGCAAGGUGCAGGGACACGUCGAGACGGCGUGCCGCGGGGCGCUGGAGACCUGGCUGGCUAAGCAGGCGGAGUCUUGCAGGGAGGCGGUGGACCGCGUGAGUAAGGCGCUGGAGGACCCAGACUGCCAGGCCUUGGUGAAGCGUUUGGGGGCCGCAGAGAUUGACGUAUCCGAGGUGAAGAAGGCCCUCGAGCACGAGUGCGUCACCAACCUCCACGAGGCUAUGAAGCAGGUGCGGGUGCUCGAGAAGGAAGCCGACUUCUCCUACGUUGCUGGCUGGCUCAACACAUACAAGAUGUUCGACGGCAUCCUUCUGCAGCGCACGCAGGAGGAAGUCGCGGACGCUUUCAAGGAGGAGUCCCCGCAGCUGAAGGCGGCGGGAUCUGUUCUGGCGGACUUCACGCUUGCGCAGAGCACGGUGCGGCCGCUAGGCCCCGGGGAAGUCCGCCACGACCUGGUUCAGAGGAUCCUGGGCGGCUUGAAGAAGCGCAAGUGGCACGCCAUCAGCCCAUCCUUGCAGGAGCGGCUCGAGUCGGCGAGCAAGAAGGCCAAGAAGGGCGCCGCCGGCGAGGCAGCGUCCGCGGCUGCGCCCUCGGUCGCGGCCGCCCCCGCGGCCGCGGCCCCCCCGGCGGCUGCAAAACCUAAAAAGGGGGCUGACAAGAAACACAACCCAUGA